AUGGUGGUGUCAAUCAAUGAGAUUGCCAUAGCUCUUCCACAAGGCCAAGUAAUGACUCUGAACUUGAUCAUCAUCAAAUGGAGCUAUAGAAGCAAAAGAGAUGAGUCCAUUUUCUUUCAUUUUGGUUAUAAGCUGCACCAGGAGCUUCUGAGGGCAGAAGCUAUAAAGAAAGCAAAUGGUGUUCUUUUUUCCGAUGAGCUUGUUCAAUUGCUUAUGGCUCUGGACUACUUACAUGUGAAUCAUAUUCUUCAUCGAGAUGUUAAGUGUUCAAAUAUAUUCUUGGCAAAAGAUCAAGACAUACGUCUUGGUGAUUUUGGACUUGCUAAGAUGUUGCCAUCAGAUGAUCUUGCAUCCUCUGUUGUAGGAACUCCAAGUUAUAUGUGCCCUGAGCUUCUUGCUGACAUACCUUAUGGCUCUAAGUCAGACAUUUGGUCCUUGGUCAGGCCCUCAUCAAAAGCAUGCUGCGGAGAAAACCCAGAACUUCGCCCGAGUUUAUUUCCUGUUCUUUAUUCUUUUUUUAACACUUUCCGAAAAUGUUUACGUAGGAGAAACAUUAAUAUAAGCAUGCGAAUGAUUUGCCAUUGCCUUAGAUAA